AACGGGAGAGCAGGGCUGCGCCGGCUCUCGUCCUCCACGGCAACCGCCCCAGGCGCAGGCUCGCCCAAGGCUCAGGUCCCCGCCCCAGAGCCAUAAACCGCGCUCGAAAGAGCUAAAAGAGAAAAAGAAACCAGCCGCAAGACGAAAAGAUUAUGUCUCCAUUCCCACUCCGCAAUUCGACCGAUCGUUGGACGAGAAUGCGCAGCUCGAAGCUGCCACAGUUUUGUUCAGUCUCAAAUUCACCCUUGAUUUUACGGCUGCGACCAGAUCUGUCCGCUGAAGUGGCGGGAAAGCGCCAAGGAAAUGCGCCACCAUGGUCGUCAAUGUGCGCAAAAUGGCAGCCGAGGGCGGGGGGGGGCAGGCGGGCGGCUCGAAGGGCAGCAGGAAAACAGUGAUUGUGGGCCUGGCUUGGGCUGGGGCGGGAGACGAAAAUGUCCAAGAAUUAACCUGGAACUCGGCACAGACCUACACUCGCCAGCCCCUGUCUUCCUUCCACACCCCGCCCCCGCUGCCUCCGGCUUCGUACGGUGUGCGCCGAAGCCGCCAUUACGCACGCGGAAUAACCGUUUCCCAACAGCCGCGCCAACCCCACAGCCUCGCAGUACUCACUACACCCACAGCAACAUCCCUCACUGGGCCCUAGCCUCUUACCUCCUCCGUACCGCCCGUAACGCGACAUGAUGACCGGCCCGCGAGCUCUGCUCUUUCAGCUCACAGUGCCCAGGUAUCCAGUAAGACGAAAACCGCACCACCGACCCACCAGCCAACGGUCCUGGCGGCACUACGAGGAAAAGCCUGGGUUCGCGCUUAUAUAUGCGGCGGCUGCGUUUCUUUGCGCAUGCGUCAUCUCGACGUUCUGCGCGGCACAAAGGAGCUGGGCGGAAACAGCCGAGAUGCGGCGCGGAGGGAAGUGGAGAGACUGAGACGCCGGUCACGGGCGGAGGGAUACGUUUCCAUGGGAACGCCAAGAUCUCGCCAGUAAACCCUUGGCCUUUCCUGCGGAGUCCCGCUCCCCCGCCCCCUUUUCCUGUACCCCCUCUUCAUUUUCCUUCCCUUCUCCCUCCCCCCUUUCAUUUUCCCCAAUCUAGGUGCUGUCAGCUCUAGUAAUCUUACUACAGGUGCAUUAGACCGGCCUUAUGAAAGGCUGUAAAAUUUAACCGCUGAUGUUGCAGCCGUCGCUGCCUUUCUGCUGGGGGACCCGGCCUAGACUGCGACUCAGUGAUCUUUGGGGCUCAUCAGAGGUAAUCGGGAGUUUGGCCAGGAUGAGGAUAUCCUAAUGCUGCGCUUCACAGCUAUUAGUUUGUUUGCCUCCAUUACAACAGCAACACCUCAGGCUGUGGAAGAAGUGACCCCAGUCAGGAGAGCAGGAGCUACCCUCUUUGCAGCCACAUCACUCCACUUCAGAUAUUUCCCAUUUCUAAAGUGGGGAAGCAGAUAUGUCACUUACUCUAAGUAAAAGAGAAAAUGAUAAGGAGGAUGACAUUACAUCAUUUACUCUAAGUAAGAGAGAAAAUGAUAAGGAGGACAAGUUUGAAGACGCCUAUGAAUUUAUCCCUGUGGCAACAACAAUGAAUCUGAUAUCUUCCCUGGAAGAAUGCACAACUGGACUGUAUUUAUUUCUAAAUAACAGAUUCUCAGAUGCCAUAAAUCUCAUUCAUCCAUGGUCGAAAAACAGCAUAUACCAUGCUCUAAUUUAUAAUAUCCUCAUGGUUGUCAAGGCCAUCUUGACUUUUGAUCCACAGGAUAUACAGACUGGAAUGACUGCUGCACAGGAAGCUGUGAAAACUUGUAACAGUUUCCGAAGAAAAUCUAGGAUGAUGAGUUUGUCUCAUCUAGUGAGUAAACAGGGAAUAAAGGCAAUCAAAGAAGAGGAAUUGCAUGCGGAAGUCUGCUAUGCUGAGUGUUUGAUCUUGAAAUCCACUAUAACAUUUAUACAGGAUGACAGUGUGCUUAGUUUUCUUAAAAGUGGGAUCAGUGUUGGGUUAAGUUAUCAAAUAUACAAAGACUGUCAACAAGUGUUAACACAGAUACCUAACAACCAAAGCAAAACCCACAGACAUCUGGUUGGAGGAAUAAAAUUUGGACUUGGAGCAUUCAAUUUGAUAUUAUCACUUGUACCACCAAAGACACUCAAACUACUCAAUGUUGUUGGCUAUUCUGGUGAUAGAGAGGUAGGCUUGGCUUUGCUUCAUGAGAGUGCAUCUGAAUCCCAUUUAAAUAAUAUCUUAAGUGUUGUGACUCUGCUCUUUUAUUACAAUUAUAUCUAUGUAGCUUUUGGUGUUGAAAAGGGUCACAAUUCUGCUAUAGAAGAUCUCUUCCUAAUCUACCUUCAGAAAUUUCCAAAGUGUGUCAUACUUAAAUUUUUUCAUGCACGUUUUACUAUGCUGAAAGGAAGUUUGGAGAAUGCACAGUUAAUAUUAGAGGAGUGCAUUUUUAUUCAAAAUGAAUGGAAACAGAUUCAUCACCUCUGUUACUGGGAACUCAUGUGGUGCCACAUUUUUCUGCAGGAUUGGAAGCAGGCUUACCGCUAUGCAGAUCUACUGUUUCAGAACAGCAGGUGGUCCAAGACAAUAUAUUUGUACAGUAAAGCUAUACUACUGGCCUUGCUUCCGUUUGAUUUUGUGAAAUUGGUAAGUGAGGAUAUGAACUCUCUCUUCAUAAAAGUGGAUAGCCUGAAAGUCAAAAUUUUAGGAACUUCUGUGCCAAUAGAAAAGUUUGUUGCUGACAAGGGUCAGCGCUAUGGUACUACCACAGGCUGGUUUACAGCACAGCCCAUCCUGGAAUUCAUUUAUGCCUGGAGUGGUUUCCGAGUCAUAAGCAAAAAACUAGGCCUUAUCAGAAGCUGGCUUUCAAUAAUUGACAAAGGAGAAGAAUUUUUACGAGAAAAUCCAAAUAAAGAGUAUGGCACAGAUGACAUAAGUUUGUUAAAUCUACUGAAAGGUCUAUGUCUGAAACACUUAGGGAAAUAUUCAAUGGCUGAACAGUACUUUAAUCGUGUCAUUCAAAAGGAGAAAUUGUUAAAAUAUGACCACUAUUUGGUGCCGUAUACUUACUAUGAACUGGGAAUUCUAUACUAUCUCAAAGGAGAUAAUGCUAAUGCAACAAAAAGCCUAGACAACAUAAAAAACUACAAAGACUAUUCCAUGGAAGCCCGAUUACAGUUUAGGGUUCACAUAGCCCUUGAACAAAUAGCUAAAGGAAAGUGAUAUGGACACAAAGUGUGGUUUUGUUUAUUAUGAGUGAAGUAUCUACAGUCAGCAAGGUAAUUAACAGGUAGGAAAAUCAUUUCUUUGUGGAAGAAAUCCAAGAAGAGGCAGCUGCUAAGAAUCUGACCAGGAACAAGUAGGAAAGGAAUUGGCCAUUACUUUUCCCUCUUUCCUUCUCCAUACGUAUAAAAUGGAAUGUCUUAGAUUGGCAAA